AUGAUGACUCAGCACGCCAUCUGCAUUGAGUUUGUGAUUAAACUUAUAGAUAAUCAGCAGACAAAUAAACAGAGAAUGCUGACCGCUAAGAAGUCAAGUGACAUCAUGGAUUCAAAGCCCUCCUAUGCAUACACCUCCGUUUAUAUCAUGGCUCAGGCUUUGCACAGAAUGAAGUUUAGCAAAGACAAACUAGGAACAUAUAAAUUACAGCAAUUCCUGCACAGCUAUGUGAGAAAGGUUCAUUACACAGAUUCCACCGGAGCGGAGAUCUUCUUUAAUGACAAAGCAGAAAUUUCCACCAAGUUGAUUUUAGCAAAUUUUAUCAUUUCCGAAACCGAGACCGACUGUAAAUUUGUCAUUGUGCCACUGAUUGUCUUCAACACGACUUUAGAUGAUGAUCACGUUUUCAGUAUUAAGGUUAACAACAUUUCAUGGAAAAGUUCCACUAUUCCAGAGUCCCGAUGUAAUGACCGAUGUCCUCAUGGGUUCAGAAAAGCUUCUAAUGGAAGAAACCAUGUGUGCUGCUAUGACUGCAUCCCAUGUUCUGAGGGAGAGAUGUCCAAUGUAACUGACAGUGAAACCUGCCACAGAUGUCCCAAUGAAGAAUGGCCUGAUGAGAGAAAAAUAAAAUGUGUUCCUAAAACAUAUAUUUUUUUGUCCUAUGAAGACGAUGUGAUUGUUACAAUUUUCUUAUUAUGUGCUUUACUUUUUUCAGUCAUAACAUUGUUUAUAUUAUUCAUCUUUGUCUAUUACUGGGACUCUCCAGUAGUGAAAGCCAAUAACCGGACUGUUAGCUUCAUCCUCCUGACCUCCAUCUUGCUGAGCUUUCUCUCUGUCUUCUUGUUCCUCGGUCGUCCUGUGGAUAUAACCUGCAUGCUCAGACAAAUGUCAUUUGGGAUCUUCUUCUGUGCUGCCCUCUCUUCCGUUCUGGCAAAGACUAUCACAGUCUGCAUUGCAUUUAAAGCUACCAAACCUGGAAGUUCCUGGAGAAAAUGGGUGGGGUUCAGUGUGUCUUAUUUUGUAUUUCUUAAAUGUUUUUCUGUCCAAGUUCUGAUCUGUGUUAUUUGGCUGUCAGUGUCUCCUCCCUACCAAGAGUAUGACAUGCACACCUAUCAAGAUAUGAUCAUCAUUCAGUGUAAUGAAGGGUCAGUAAUCGGAUUCUACUCUGUGUUGGGCUAUUUGGGGUUUCUAGCAGCUGUGAGCUUUGUUCUGGCUUUCAUGGUGAGGACAUUACCGGACAGUUUUAAUGAGGCCAAGUACAUCACCUUCAGCAUGCUGGUGUUCUGCAGUGUCUGGAUUGCCAUGAUCCCAGCCUAUCUGAGCACCAGAGGGAAAUAUAUGGUGGCUGUGGAGAUAUUUGCUAUACUGAGCUCCACUGCUGGUGUACUUUGCUGUAUAUUUUUACCAAAAUUAUACAUCCUUUUUUUUAAACCUGAGAUGAAUGUCAGAAAAACCAUGUUGGUGAAAACAAAAAAUGUUUAUACUGAUUUAUAA